UGAGACUCUAGCACCAUGUCUUACCAACAGCAGCAGUGCAAGCAGCCUUGCCAGCCUCCUCCCGUGUGCCCACCCCAGAAGUGCCCUGAGCCUUGUCCUCCUCCAAAGUGCCCUGAGCCUUGUCCUCCUCCAAAGUGCCCUGAGCCUUGUCCUCCUCCCUCAUGCCAGCAGAAAUAUCCUCCUGUGCAAACUCCUCCAACAUGCCAGCAGAAGUAUCCACCCAAGAGCAAGUGA